AUGGGAAGCUCAUUAUCACACUUAAUCGAAGUCAGAAACGUUUCUAAAUACUCCAUGAAGUGUUUUGGUGAUAAAAACAAACAGGUACAAGAAAAAAGGUCAAAGAAAACACAAACCAAAACAAAAACAAUUUCACUUGAUCAAAUUACAGAAGAUAUGUUAACAAAAACAAAAGAGCAAGAAAUUAUCAAUUCUCUUUUGAAAGAAACGAAAAGUAAACACAUUGAGAUAAUUUACAAUUCAGAAUUAACCGAGUUUGAUCAAAGAAAUAUCAGAACAAAGAUAAUUGGAGAACAAAAAAUUAUAUUUCUUGUUGUGACCGAUAGAGGUUCGAUUUUUGGAUUCUACCAAAAUGAUUUAGUCGACAAAAUGAAAUGUUGUAAACAAAUUAAAGCAACAUCAGAAGAUUUCUUCUUGUUUGGAAGUCCCUAUGUAUAUCAAACCCUGGAAUUUUACAGAAGAAACAAACAAAUUGAAAACAAAAACACAACUUCAUUUACUUUGUAUGAAGAUAAUAACAAUCUUGUUCUUUCUUGUUAUUCUUCGUUCUGGAUAACGAAGAAUGGACAAAUUGGAUUUAAUUUAUGUGCAAAAGAACACUACAACCUUCCUCAAAUAAAUCAAAAUGUAUUUACUGGCAAGCAAAAAACAGAAACAACAUUAUGUGAGAAGUUACUUAUACUCAAAUGUUUAUAA